AUGCCAAAAAAAUCGAAGCCUCCCAACCCUGGUUUGCCUAAGCAACGUAGCUUAAGGUCAAAUGUCAAUAUUCAUGCUGUAUAUUGCAUGCACUGCGACGCUGAAUAUGAGAUCUUGGUUCCGAAAUGUCCAAAUUGCGCACUACCUCAAUACGAGAGUUCUAUCCGUCCUCGAAGACCUGCGAAUUACUACGAUGACGACUUUGAUGACGGGGCCACGUUCACUUGUUUCAUGAAACUGCCGCUCGAGAUUAGGGUUAUGAUUUGGCAAGCAUCUUUACCUGGGCCACGGGUUGUGCUUCUUCGACCGACCUGGGUUAUUGGAUUGCAUGAAGUUUCAGAUGCCCCAGACUUUAUUUUUGAAUCAUCGAGUCCAAUCACAGCCCUGUAUGUCUGUCGUGAGUCAUUCAAUGUUGCGUCUACGAGAUAUACCCAGGCUUUCGAUUCGCUAGAGUCACCCUUCACAACUUGGUUCAACUUUGACAUCGACACCUUGUAUAUUGGUCACAGCGAAACUUUUUAUCGUGGGCUACCUGGGGUCGAGAAUUUAAAACACUUAGCUGUAUUUGCCAAUCCUCUUCCGGCAAUUGCCCUUGAUAAGAAUUACGACACGGAAGUGUGGUGGGACUCUCAAGACUCGGAAGUCCUUGAAGUGUUUCUUGAUGAUUACCUAGUUGACGCAGGAAGUCUUGAGGAACUUAAACUCGUCACUCGCCGUUACCCAUUUAAUGCACAUGCCUAUGCACCUGAUAGAUAUGAUGAUCUCUCAUUCAUUGACCUUCAAGAUAUCGACGCUUCUCUAAAUUUCUACAAAAGCCCGUACGAACCGAAGCUUGAGGAGUCUUUUCAAUCCACACAACAAGAAUAUGCUGCGCAGCUUCGAAGCCUAGCAUCGAUCAAAUUUGAUGCUUUGGAUGAAUACCGUAAUACGAACCAUAAAGCACCAAAGUACGAGAUGCCGGUCAUCAGAAACAUGAUCGUUACAACUACAUCAAUGAAAGCAAAGCUUGAACGAGCCAAAGUAGCAUUCGAAGUGAAGAAGGCCGACUACAUGAAGAGUAAUAAAUUGCUUGCAAUAUAA